GCCACCAUGGCGUCUCAGCUCCGGCUCCGCUCCGCGCUGGCUCUGGUCACAGGUUCAGGGGUUCCCUCCCAGGGUGCGGGCAGCGGCAUCGGCCGCGCGAUCAGCAUGCGCCUGGCGAAAGAGGGCGCCGUCGUGGCCGCCUGCGACCUGGACGGGGCAGCGGCACAGAACACCGUGCAGCUGCUGGGCGGCUCGGGGAGCGAGGCCGGAGCGCCGCGCGGGAAGCACGCCGCCUUCCAGGCGGACGUGUCGCAGGCCCCCGCUGCCAGGCGCCUGCUGGACCAAGUGCAGGCCUGCUUUUCUCGCCCGCCAUCUGUCGUUGUGUCCUGUGCGGGCAUCACACGCGAUAAGUUUCUGCUCCACAUGUCGGAAGAAGACUGGGACAGAGUUAUAGCUGUCAAUCUCAAGGGCACCUUCCUAGUCACUCAGGCUGCAGCCCAGGCUUUGGUGUCCAGUGGCUCUCGUGGCUCCAUCAUCAACAUCAGUAGCAUCAUUGGAAAGGUGGGGAAUAUUGGCCAAGCAAACUAUGCGUCCUCCAAAGCGGGAGUGAUUGGGCUCACUCAGACUGCAGCCCGCGAACUUGGACGACAUGGGAUCCGAUGUAACUCAGUCCUCCCAGGGUUCAUCACAACACCCAUGACCCAGAAAAUGCCAGAGAAAGUGAAGGACAAGGUGACUGCAAUGAUCCCGUUAGGACACUUGGGGGACCCUGAGGAUGUGGCAGAUGUGGUUGCCUUCUUGGCAUCUGAAGACAGUGGAUAUAUCACAGGGGCCUCAGUGGAAGUCUCUGGAGGUCUUUUCUUGUAACUGCCUCGUGGAAGCUGGACGCUGCUCGCCGCUCCCCCACCACCGCCUGGCCUCCUGCUGACGAGGACGCUAAUUUCCCAGGCUACAAAGGGGGUGGCAGUGUGUGGCUCAGGCAUGCUGAAUAUGGAAGGCAGGGGUGCUUGUGACCCUAAUAAAUUCCAAAUCCUCUUCCC